AUGAAUCGGACCAAAACUAUUCUUCGUUUAGCGCUACAUGAGACUCAAUCAAAUCAUGAAGAUUCACCAAUCGCUGUUGAAGAGCAGAUGGAGAUUUUGCAUUCUGUGCCUUCGUCACCUAUGGGAUCGCCUAUGACUUUUUCACAUACGGAGGUAAAAAGAGAAUCGCCACUUACAACAGAACAACGAGAGACAAUAGCCGAAAUGGAAAAUUUAGGCUUUAACGGUGAUGACUUUAAUGUUCCAAUAUUAUAUUCCAAUAAAUUACCAUUGUCAGUAUUUAGAACAAACAAGGAUUACGAACUACUAGAAUCAUCGGUUCCAUCAAUAGAAAAACAACUUACACCGCUGUUUACACCAGUAGCAUCCAUACACUCAAUAGGAAGCCCUAGCAUUAUAAAAACUUCUGAAAACCCACUUAACGAGAAUCUGCCAACUUUCAUUGAUGACAGCAAUGACUCUGUAGCAGACCCUAAUUACCAACCUGAAGACGAGGAAAUUCAGUGCUCGCCAAUGUCACCCAUUACGUCCUCAUCUUUAGUUCAAAUGAAACAAACAGUCAGCAUUACUAAUCCACAAGAAAUAGAAGAAUCGCCCACACUUGAAAGUAACCUUGAUGGAAUGGAAAAUUUAGGCUUUAACGGUGAUGACUUUAAUGUUCCAAUAUUAUAUUCCAAUAAAUCACCAUUGUCAGUAUUUAGGACAAACAAGGAUUACGAACUACUAGAAUCAUCGGUUCCAUCAAUAGAAAAACAACUUACACCGCUGUUUACACCAGUAGCAUCCAUACACUCAAUAGGAAGCCCUAGCAUUAUAGAAACUUCUGAAAACCCACAUAACGAGAAUCUGUCAACUUUCAUUGAUGACAGCGAUGACUCUGUAGCAGACCCUAAUUACCAACCUAAUGACGAGGAAAUUCAGUGCUCGCCAAUGUCACCCAUUACGUCCUCAUCUUUAGUUCAAAUUGAACAACCAGUCAGCAUUACUAAUCCACAAGAAAUAGAAGAAUCGCCCACACUUGAAAGUAACCUUGAUCGUCAAAAAGUGAAAAGAUGCAAAAGAAAAAUACCGGAAAAUUGGAAAAAAAACAUUAGAAAAACGAAGAAAAAUUGCGGUGAAACAUACAUAUCAAGACAAGGAAAAAAUUUACCGGCAAAAAAGUGUGGCAAUGAAAAUUGUAAGUGUCAACGAGCUUGUCAUACAAAAAUUGAUAAUAGUACGAGAAAAAAUAUUCAUUUGUCAUUUUGGGGUUUGGGUAGUAUUGAAAGACAAAGGGAUUUUAUAGUAUCGAACGUGGUUUCAACUGAAGCAACAGGAUCACGUGUGGCAAACUCGAGAAGGAAAUUCACUUUGAAUUACAGUUUCAAGAUUAAUUCGGAAACGGUAAAUGUGUGUCAACCUUUUUUUCUUCGUACACUGGAUAUCAGUGACAAGAUGGUCCGUACUGCUUUGAAGAAAGCGCGCCGAGGAGUGGGUAAUAUACCUUCCCCUGAUAAAAGAGGUCAUCACAUACCUUGCAACAAAUUUAGCGAAGACAACAUAAAGUUUGCUAAUGAUCACAUAGAUUCAUUUCCAAAAGUGCCUUCUCAUUGGUGCCGUAAAGAUACAAAAAAGAUUUAUUUGGAGACCAUUCUUAAUAAAGAAAAAAUGUACGAAUUAUAUAAGCAGCAAUGUUUGGAGAAACAUAAGAAACCCAUUGGAAAAACUUCGUAUAAAGAACUAAUUUUAAAUAAGAAUAUAGGUUUCCACAAACCAAGAAAGGACCAGUGUUGGUGUAACAAAUAUGAGCAAUUAACUGAAGAAGAACAAAAGGCGAAACAAGAAGAAUACGAAGAGCAUGUUAACAGAAAAUACUAUGCACAGGAAGAAAAAACAUCGGAUAAAAUUAAAGCAAUAGAAGAUAGUCGCUCGCAUGUUUGUACUUUUGACUUUGAAGCAGUGCUAUAUUGUCCUUUGGUUUUAGGAAAACCUGUAUUUUAUAAACGGAAGUUAGGUAGCAUGAAUUUCACAAUUCACAAUGCAGCGACUAAACAAGGCUAUUGUUAUUUUUGGCCGGAAUAUGAAGGCAACCGUGGAUCAAACGAAGUAUCAACAUGUCUCUAUAAUUACAUCUCAAAUCUCUCCAAUGUCGAUCACCUGAUUUUAUUUUCUGACUGCUGUCCAGGGCAGAAUAGAAAUUCUGUGCUUGUUGCUAUGUUCAAUUAUAUCAUUACAUCACCUGACAAUGAGAUUAGAGUCAUUGACUAUAAAUUUCUUGAACCUGGUCACACCUACAUGGAGUGCGACAACAUGCACUCGACAAUUGAACGAGCUUCUGAGUAUGCCAAAAUCUACAUCCCUGAUGACUGGCAAAAUGUCAUACGACUAGCUCGUAAAGACAAUCCAUAUAAUGUUCAAGUUAUGGAACACACAGACUUUUUGGAUUUCAAAUCACUGCGAAGUACUAUUAUUCCAAAUACAAUGAAAGCCACUGAUGGAACUGUUUUGCAAUGGGCUAACGUAAGAUGGUUACGAUUUAAUAAAAACAUUCCCCAUUCGUUGUUUUUUAAAUAUGAUUACUGGGAAGAAUUCAAAGAGGUAAAAUUAAAGGAGAGAGUGACUAGAUCGGCACAUAAUUCGAAUCUUGCAAAACUGUACCCAGGACAAAUUUUGUUAAAACAAGCAAAACAUAAAGAUCUGAUGGAAAUGUGUCGAGAUGGGACGAUAACCAAGAAUCAUAACUACUACUAUGAAAAACUUCCUGUUCAGUCUGUAUCAGGAUCGUUGCCUCAGACUAGGCCUCGUCAAGAUGAUGACGAAUUGGAAUUAUCUGCAACACGAGCCUCAUAUUUAAGACGUCGGUCAGGGAAAAAGAAUUAA